AUGCAGGAUAUUGUGACUGGCGGAACAGACACAACAUCAACAAUGGUUGAAUGGGUAUUUGCAGAGGUAAUGAAACAUCAAGAAAUAAUGGAAAAGGUCCAGCAAGAAUUAGAUGAAGUUGUGGGGUUGAAUAACUGUGUGGAAGAGUUCCACUUGCCCAAACUAUGUUAUCUAGAUGCUGUGGUUAAGGAGACACUCCGCUUGCAUCCUGCACUUCCUUUGCUAGUGCCUCGUCGUACAAGUCAACCAUGCGAACUAGGAGGAUAUACCAUUCCCAAAGGAACUACAAUUUUCCUAAAUGUUUAUGCUAUUCAUAGGGAUCCUCAGUUUUGGGACAAUCCCUUGGAAUUCAGGCCUGAGAGGUUUUUAAACAACAUAAAUGCCGGAAAUUUUGAUUUCUCUGGCAACAAUUUUCAGUAUCUUCCAUUUGGAUCAGGAAGAAGAGUUUGUGCUGGGCUGCCUCUGGGAGAGAAAAUGUUGAUGUACCAAGUGGCUACGUUUCUGCACUCAUUUAACUGGAAGUUACCCAAUGACACAGAGCUAGAAUUAUCGGACAAGCAUGGGAUUGUUAUUAGGAAAUUGAAGCCUUUGGUUGCUAUACCAACACCUAGACUAUCUAAUUUAGACCUCUACUAGGGGGAGAUGUAUCUGCAUAUUUCCUUUCAAGUUACAAAGCAACACUCAUAAAAUGGCUUGCCUUGCCAACCUAGUUUGGAAAUAAUUAUUGCUGUAUCCGAAACUUAUUCCCUUCUCCUGAAUAUGUAAUAUUAUUUUGUUCUUAUAAACAGAUUGCUGUAGUAAACUACUAAAAUACUAUUCACUCGAAUACUUUCUUUGUCAA